UUGACCUUGAGACAGAGUGCGGAAACAGCAGUCAGUAGACGACACUGAAUCGCCAACAGCUGCGUUCAUCAUGUCGCCGGCGACCUCUUCCGCGGUGGGUACCCUAUCCGGCGGCCUCCUCCCCCACGCUGCAAAUCGCCGGCGACCCUUCCCAACCGCCCGCCUCCUCCCGCCGCGCUGGUCUAGGCUCCAGGCCAACGCGGCCCGUCAUCGCCGCCCGGCCACUCCCGCGCGCGCCCAGAGCGCUCCCUCCCCAGGGUACCUGCCGGACUCGGAGUUCUACAAGAUCGAGGCCAUCCUGAGGCCAUGGAGGGUGUCGCAUGUCUCGUCGGGUUUGCUAGAAAUGGGGAUCAGAGGCGUGACGGUGUCGGAUGUGCGGGGUUAUGGGGCGCAGGGUGGGUCCACGGAGCGGUAUGAAGGGUCAGAAUUUUCAGAAGAUACAUUUAUUGCUAAAGUUAAAAUGGAAAUAGUCGUGUGCAAGGAGCAGGUGGAGCCAGUAAUUGACAAAAUAAUUGAAAAGGCCAGAACUGGAGAAAUUGGCGAUGGGAAGAUAUUCUUGAUACCCGUCGCGGACGUUGUAAGGGUACGCACCGGCGAACGGGGAGUGCACGCGGAGAGGAUGAUCGGCGGUCUGUCAGACAAGCUGCCCCCGGUGAUCACAAUCUCAUGAGUAGAGCUUGACUGCUCUUGCUGCCUGUAUCUGUAAGCGCAUCCCUCGGGUUGGUUUGCUUGUGGCCGUGUGUGUUGCUUGACCUUCGGGGAAUAAUCGUGUGUAUGUAACCUUGCGUGUUGGCAUGAAUAAAUCGGCACCGGCGUCUCCAUGCGGUGGCUCGUGUUGCUGAAUGGGGUGGUUACUGUGGUUCAUGUGCCGAAUGUUGUGAUUGCAAACUCCCUGUUGUGAUUGCAAACUCCCUGUUGGUCAGAAGGUGAAAAUCUGGAUGUAAUUUGUGUCA